ACGCUCCCAGCCCCACAUCUCGGGGGCGACCUCCGGGGGAAGGGCAAGCGGGGAGGACCCCCAGCCCAGCUGCCGCUCCGAGGUUCCCUUCAAGGCAACCUCCCUGCAGCAGGGACCACCCCACCAUGGCUGCCAAGGCCCCAUCCCUCUCCGAAGCCCUCACCAGCGGCUUCCUGACCUGCACCAUCUGCCUGGAGCGCCUCCGCCGCCCCAAGAUCCUUCCCUGCCUGCACAGCUACUGCCAGGAGUGCCUGCGGAAGUUGGCAGGGGGCCGGAAGGAGCUUCAGUGCCCUGAGUGCCGUGAGCGGGUGGCCCUCCCAGAGGGGGGCGUGGGCGCCCUCCGGACCAACUUCUUCAUCAACGGCCUGCUGGACCUGGUCCGCCCCACAGGGGAAGCAGAGCCCACCUGCAGCCUCUGUCCGCUCAUCGGCCAGGAGACCAGCCGGCCGGCCGUCUCCCGCUGCCUGGACUGCGCCGACGACAUGUGCCAGGACUGCGCCAGCGGGCACCGCUGCUCCCGCCUCACCCACCUCCACCGCGUGGUGGCCAUGAAGGACUACCUCUCCGGAGAGCACGACGAGGAGAUCCGGAAGCGCCAGGCGCUGCAGUGCAAGGAGCACACCGGCGAGGAGCUGCGCUUCUUCUGCACGCCUUGUGCCGUCGUCCUCUGCCGGGAGUGCCGGCUGGGGGCCCACCUCCAGCACCCUUGCCUGCCCCUGGCUGAGGCGGCCCAGGCCCGCCGGCCGGUCAUCGUGGAGCUCCUGGCCGGGGUGGAGGAGACGGUGCAGGUCAUCCGGACGGGGAGGGCCAGCCUGGAGAGGGAGGCUGCGCGGCUGCAGGUGCGCGAGGCUAGCAUCCGGGAUGCGGUGGAGGAGGCGUGCUCGCGGGCGGUGCAGCGGCUGCUGGCGCAGCAGGAGGAGGUCCUGGCCCAGCUGGCGGACUACGUGAAGGAGCAGCAGAAGGCCUGCCAGGCCCUCUGCUCCGAUCUGGAGUUCCAAGAGCAGGUGGCCUCCAGCACCGUGGCCUUUGCCCAGAAGGUGCUGAGUCUGGGGAGGGAGGUGGAGAUUGUCUCCCUGGAGCAGGUCAUCUGUGAGCGUCUCAGGCAUCUGCAGGGCUUCUCCUGGGAGCCGCUGGCCACCCGCCUGCCCUGCCUGGAGGUCAACGCUGAGAUCGAGGGCAGCGGCCCCCGCCUGUUCCACCUGGAGUUCCGAGAGGAGAGCCCCACUGGAGUGCCGGAGAGCCCCCAGGAGGCAGCCACAAAAGGGGCAAAGAAGAAGACCCACUUGCCCUGCCUGGAGGUUGACGCUGAGAUCGAGGGCAGCGGCCCCCGCCUGUUCCACCCGGAGUUCCGAGAGGAGAGCCCCACUGGAGUGCCGGAGGGCCCCCAGGAGGUGGCCACAAAAGGGGCAAAGAAAGAGACCCACCUGCCCUGCCUGGAGGUCAACGCUGAGAUCCCCACUGGAGUGCCAGAGGGCCACAAGAAGGCGGCCACAAAAGGGGCAAAGAAGAAGAGGAGGAAGCAACAGCAGCAGGUGCCGCCUGUCAAGGAGGGAUUCCACAUGACCACCCUCAUCCUCAGGGGCUGCCAGCAAGCCGUAGCCCCUGUGCCUCCUCCCAAGGUCCCAGGAACCCCCCUUCUGACACCCAAGCCUCUCUUCUCAUGUAGCUUCUGCGUCAAGAGCCCCAGCGACCAAAAGUGCCCCCUGGUCACAGGGCUCUGCCCCUUUGGCUCUGGAGAGCUGCUGGUGGCCGACAAUCAAAACAAGAAUCUGAAGCGCUUCUCCCUGCAGGGGGAGUUCAAGGGCACUGUCCCCGUCCCCAGUGGCGUGGCCCCGGUCAGCUUGGCCACUGUGGGCAGCAAGGUGGCCUUCACGGCCGGCUCCUGCCUCUACCUCCUGAAUGCUGAGGGUGAGCUGGUGUGGCAGAAGGCCCUGGGGCAGGGGCAGGCCAGCCACGCCGUGGCAGCACUGGGGGAAAACCAUCUGGCAGUGUGUGUGGCUGGGCAGUUGGAGGUGUACGACCUGGAGGGGCGGCUGCUGGAGAAGAUUGUGCCCGAGGGCAGUGGGGAGAGGUGCCUCGUCUUCCUGGCCAACCACAAGGACGGCUUUGUGGGCUCAGACUGGUACCACCGCAGCGUGGUCCUGUUCACCAGGACGGGGCAGCUGGUGGCCGAGUGCUCUGAGGAGCAGCUGGGCGAGUGCCAGCCAGGGGGCAUCUGUGCUGACGUCAUGGGCAUCAUUUACGUGGUCCUGCGGGAGCUGAACAAGGUGGUGGCCUUCUCCCCCAGCGGGGAGGAUUUGGGGGCGUUCCUCACUGCCGAGAAUAGCAUCGACCAGCCGCGGGUGGUCACAGUGGCUAGGGAGGGGCGCUUUGCCGUGGCUCUGAGCAACGGCACCGUCCACAUCUUCCGGAUCAGGUAUCAGGGCAAGUGAGACAGAGAAAGGGCAGGGUGUGUGUGUGUGUGUGGGUGUGUGUGUGUGUGUGUGUGUGUGUUAAAAGCUGUAUGUCCCACAUUUAAUGACCCAAGGCAGACUGGAGUGCCCAAGGUGAGCAAUGGUGUGUGUAGGAGAGUAAAAGCAUGCUUUUACUUUGUAACUCUGUUGUGAUCACCAUUCCUUGGUGAUAAUAAAACAAAAUUUAGUAGGGAAAUUAGGUGGUCGUGAUGGGCUGUAAACCUUGCAGUACCCAGCCAGUGGGGAGACAAGGGAGGGACCCUGCGCUUCAGGUAUAGGGAAUAUAAGCUUAUGCUAUGUCAAUUUUGGGUGUGCCUGCUUUGGACACCCGCUUUUGCAAGGACGUCUUGUAUUCAAUAAACUCUCUGCUUUUUCACCAAUUUUAUUCAGAUUAAGGGAUUAAGGGUCUUGGGAGACACUUUUCAAAAACUUCUGACAGAGGAGGACCCCUCUGACAAGAUGGUGGGCAUCAUAACCUUUCCAAAGUGCCUUUUCUGUUCUCAGGAGGAAACUCGGGGCUUGGCCAGGUGUUCUGCAAAAGGGUGGCAGAAUCCAUUACGCAGGAGGGCUCCUGGAUUUGGCUGGCUGGUGUGGCCAGCUUCCAGCUGCUAAAUGGGGCAUAACACAACACAACAGUGUGUGUAAUUGGAGCGUGAAUCUGAGAGUGUGGGGCACAAUAUUAAGCCUGAACGUUAUAUUCAUUUGCACCCCAAGGAGACCAUCACUGAGUGGGGAUCCCGUCUGUGCCUUCCGGAACAAUCUGACAGAAGAACAUGCUUUGUAACUCUGCUGUGAUCACCAUCCUUCUCUCUUUUUCUAUAAAUAUCAUUCAAUAAUAAAACAAACGUCUAUAUUUGCAUCUUUGCAAGAGAGAACAAUUGUAUAUGAGCUGAAAUAAAGAG